GGCCCCGACCCCCCGCGAGCCUGGGAAAAUGGAGGCUGUGAUCGAGAAGGAGUGCAGCGCGCUCGGAGGCCUCUUCCAGACCAUCAUCAGCGACAUGAAGGGAAGCUAUCCGGUUUGGGAAGACUUCAUAAACAAAGCAGGAAAGUUGCAGUCUCAGCUCCGGACAACAGUAGUAGCUGCAGCUGCCUUCCUGGAUGCCUUUCAGAAAGUGGCUGACAUGGCGACCAGCACCCGUGGUGGCACCCGGGAGAUCGGCUCUGCUCUGACCAGGAUGUGCAUGAGGCAUAGAAGCAUAGAGGCCAAGCUGAGGCAGUUCUCCAGUGCAUUAAUUGACUGUCUGAUAAACCCACUUCAAGAACAGAUGGAAGAAUGGAAGAAAGUGGCCAAUCAGCUGGAUAAAGACCACGCAAAAGAAUAUAAGAAAGCUCGCCAGGAGAUAAAAAAGAAGUCCUCGGAUACUCUGAAACUGCAGAAGAAGGCAAAGAAAGGAAGAGGCGAUAUUCAGCCGCAGUUGGACAGCGCCCUCCAAGAUGUCAACGAUAAGUAUCUGCUGUUGGAAGAAACUGAGAAGCAGGCGGUCCGGAAGGCCUUGAUCGAGGAGCGUGGCCGGUUCUGUACCUUCAUAUCUAUGCUGCGACCCGUGAUUGAGGAAGAAAUAUCCAUGCUGGGGGAGAUCACUCACCUGCAGACUAUCUCGGAAGAUCUCAAGAGCCUGACAAUGGAUCCUCACAAGCUUCCCUCUUCGAGUGAGCAGGUCAUUUUGGACUUGAAAGGUUCUGAUUACAGUUGGUCGUACCAGACGCCUCCUUCUUCCCCCAGCACUACCAUGUCUCGAAAAUCAAGUGUGUGCAGCAGCCUCAACAGUGUCACCAGCAGCGACUCCCGCUCCAGCGGCUCCCACUCGCAUUCCCCCAGCUCACACUACCGCUACCGCAGCUCCAACCUGGCCCAGCAGGCCCCAGUGCGGCUGUCCAGCGUGUCCUCACAUGACUCGGGGUUCAUCUCCCAGGAUGCCUUCCAGUCCAAGUCCCCGUCCCCGAUGCCACCGGAGACACCCAACCAGAACUCAUCCAGCUCGGCCUCCUCCGAAGCCUCUGAAACCUGCCAGUCCGUGAGCGAGUGCAGCUCGCCCACCUCGGUCAGCUCAGGCUCCACCAUGGGCGCCUGGGUGUCCACGGAGAAGUUGUCUAAUGGGUUUUCUCACUCUAGUUUAUCAAGUGAGUCCCAUGUGGGGGCCGUGGGGGCGAGUCUUUUCCCUCAUUGCCUGCCUGCCUCCCGCCUGCUCCCUCGGGUCACCUCUGUCCACCUUCCAGACUACGCUCAUUAUUACACCAUUGGGCCCGGCAUGUUCCCGUCAUCUCAGAUCCCUAGCUGGAAGGACUGGGCCAAGCCGGGACCUUAUGAUCAGCCUCUGGUGAACACGCUCCAGCGGCGUAAGGAGAAGCGGGAGGUGGACCCGAGUGGGGGCAGCGCCAUUGCAGCAGGCGGAGUUCCUGCCACAGCUGAGGAGGCACAGAGACCCCGGAGCAUGACCGUGUCAGCCGCUGCCAGGCCUGGUGAGGACAUGGAGGCCUGUGAAGAACUGGCCCUGGCCCUGUCGCGGGGCCUCCAACUGGACACCCAGAGGAGCAGCCGGGACUCACUGCAGUGCUCCAGUGGCUACAGCACACAGACCACCACCCCGUGCUGCUCCGAGGACACCAUCCCCUCUCAAGUUUCAGAUUAUGAUUAUUUCUCUGUGAGUGGUGACCAGGAGGCAGACCAGCAGGAGUUUGACAAAUCUUCCACCAUUCCGAGAAACAGCGACAUCAGCCAGUCCUACCGACGGAUGUUCCAGGCCAAGCGCCCGGCUUCAACUGCGGGCCUCCCUACCACCCUCGGACCCACCAUGGUCACCCCCGGGGUUGCAACCAUCCGACGGACACCUUCUACCAAGCCUUCAGUCCGCCGGGGCACUAUUGGAGGUGGCCCCAUUCCCAUCAAGACACCCGUGAUCCCGGUCAAGACCCCAACGGUCCCAGACCUCCCUGGGAUGUUGCCUGCCCCUCCAGAUGGGCCAGAGGAGCGGGCUGAGCACAGCCCAGAGUCACCAUCUGUGGGUGAGGGCCCCCAGGGUGCCACCAGCAUGCCACCCUCUCUGUGGAGUGGCCACACCUCCCUCAGCCCUCCCCUUCCAGGCCCAAAGCCAAGUAUCCCCGAGGAGCACAGACAGGUGAUUCCAGAAAGCGAGGCCGAAGACCUGGAAAGGGAUCUGAGUGUCAGCGUCUCCCCAGGCCAGAUUCUAGAGGGUGACCCCACAGAGCUGAGCCCCCGAGAGAGCCCGCAAGGAGAAGACAUGCUGAAUGCCAUCCGAAGGGGCGUGAAACUCAAGAAGACCCUGACAAACGAUCGCUCAGCCCCACGCUUCUCCUAGGUGCUUAGGCUCCCAAGAAACCAGGGUAGGGGAUGAACCAUUUAAUUAAUCCAGCUUAAUUGGUCUCGAUCCAUUCCAACUUAUUAUCAGAUAUAAUUUUGUAGGCAACUCAGAAUUCAGCUCUUUUCAAAGUUCUCCACACCUUUAGAUAAGAAUUGAAAACGCAGCCUCUGUCACUGGUACAACCUGGAUCUUUUCAUUUGUAAAUACUGACAAUUUUUCUUUGUGCACAUUUUAAUCUUAGUUAUUUCCCCCCCCCCUUUUUUUUUUCUGAAGGUGCCAAAUUCCAUUUAACUUUUUUACAAGUCUUUGUAAGAUUUUAAAUGCAUAAGGGAUUGGGAGGGAAGGUGGGGCAGGGCAACCAUGAAGUAGUUUCAGACCAAGGGUUAACUACACUUAAGUUUUUCUCUUCUUUUCUGUAAGCUUUUGUAGUAGCAUCGUAGAAGUCUGGCUUAGAAGCAAAUUCAAGUUCUUUUCAUGUACAAAUGAGUAAGGUAAAAAUCUUCUGAUUUAUGAUUCUGGACACAAGGAGCAGGAAGACGUUGAGAAGCAAUAUUCAGAGUGAAGGAAAGCUGGCAUCUGUAGGGAUUGGGGGGAGGGCCGUGGGAGGGGCACGCUGUUCGCAUAGCCAAUCCUGUUACCUUUAAGAGUAGCCACAUAGGUUGAAUUCUAGUAGCUUCCCGAUAAAUGCAUCCUAAUAAGCCAUACUGGAUUGCAGUGUUUGUUUCUAUAGGGUAUUUAAGCACUUCCUUUCUCCCAUGAUCUGGACUGCACACAGCGCCCACCUUUAGCCCCAAUGCAUGUAGCCGGAGGACCCCCCCCCCCCCCCCCAGUCCACCCCCCACACUUUAGUUUGUUUGUUGUGCCCAUUGAGUCCAAGUACAUUCGUCUAAAUGGGUAAGGCAGUUUUUAAAAUGUGAACAGACUUUAAGAAAAAAAAGAUAGCAGGGAAUUCUUAAUAUAGCAAAUGCCUUUAACUGUGCCCAGCAGGCUGGGUGUGUGUUGAAGAAAAGCCCAAAUAUUUUGGAGGAAAAAAAAAAAAUUAAACUCGAGCAAAUAUAACAGGGGUAACCAACCAGCUUGGAGUCUGGCAACUUGCCAAUGUGUUUACCGAUCUGGGGCUUGUUUUUCUUCUUUUCACUAAAUGGCAGUUAAUCGACUCCAUACUGAAUAUUGGAGAGGGGUUAUUUAUCGUCACCAGGAAUCUCUAUACUUAAGUCUCCCCUCCUUUUCUUUUUUCUUUCUUUCUUUGUAUGUUAGGACGUUUUGGAAUGGGUUUCUUUUAAGUGAAAACUAAAUGUUGUAAUGCCCAUCCCUUAAAGCCAACGGGGGCCUGUAGAUUUCCAGGGUCCUUGCUUGGAGAAGACUGUGUGUCUAAUACAUUGGCUUAGCAGUUGGCUCCCCUGUAGGUAUUCGUGACUGAAUCAAGGAAGUGCGGGCGGGUCCCAGAGACCCUGCAGAUUCCUGUUGGCUUUGAGCUUCCGUUCUGUCACCUUAUGCUUUAAAACAUUACUGCAUUGGAUGUGAGUAAAUGCACCUGUAUAGUUGUUCUAGAUAUUAACAUUUAACACUGCUGUGAUUGCUCAAGGCCAUUUUAUGUUAGGGCUUUAAAGCAAAGGCAUGAUUCUUAGUAACUCAGCUUUUUGUUCCUUUGAAAAACAAGCUCCUUUUACAAUAUAAGCAACAGUAGUGCCUGUGGUAUGUAGCCCACCAAUCUUGAUGACUAAAAGUAGCUGAUGCAUUGUGCAUAUAAGAUGCCUGAAAUGGUUUUUGCAGAAGCAGAAAUCACUGCAAGGUAAUUACAAUAGAUAAAAGUGGUAUUUUAAACUUUUGAGAUAAAUGGAUGUCACUGUACCUUGGUACAGCUUUUCACUUGUUUAGUUCUUAAACGUUCGUUUAAUCUGAAUAAAUUUAAUAUAAAACGUUGCCAAAUUCAGUGUAGGAAGAAUGUGACGAAACACCUUGGGUAGUUCUGUUUGUGUUUUUGCAUAUUGUAAAAGCAGUGUCACAGCUGAGAAUAAAGAUAUUGUUUCUAAAGGUAAAUUAUUGUGGUUUAGUUGCUAGUUUGUACUGAGAGUUGACCUCUCCCUGUGCAGUUUUUUUUUUUUUGUUCUAAACCUGUAUAAAUAACACUCGUGUAAUGUUGUCUCCCUUUUACCCUGUAAUAAUU